AUGGAAGGACUGGAGGGGCUUAUAGACAGGCUGAUGGAAGGAAGGAAUAACAGUGGCAAGAAGAUUCAACUAAUAGAACCAGAAAUCCGGCAGCUUUGCAUCACGGCCAAACAAGUAUUCCUCAGCCAGCCUAAUCUCUUACAAUUGGAAGCUCCAAUUAACAUUUGUGGUGACAUCCAUGGGCAAUAUCCGGAUCUGCUGCGACUGUUCGAGAUGGGUGGGUUUCCUCCGGACGCCAACUAUCUUUUUCUGGGGGACUACGUGGACAGAGGAAAACAGAGCAUUGAAACCAUAACUCUUCUGUUUGCAUACAAAAUCAAGUUCCCCGACAACUUUUUCUUGCUGAGAGGAAACCACGAAUGUGCUUCUAUCAAUCGGAUCUACGGAUUUUAUGAUGAAUGCAAACGGCGUUUCAGCGUCCGUCUUUGGAAAAUCUUCACAGAUUGCUUCAAUUGCUUACCCGUGGCGGCCGUCAUAGACGACAAGAUCCUAUGCAUGCAUGGUGGGCUUUCCCCCGAAAUGCACAGCUUGAAUCAAGUGGGAGAUAUAGAGAGGCCCACUGACGUCCCGGACCAGGGCCUUCUCUGCGAUCUUCUUUGGGCCGAUCCUGAUAAAGACGUCAGAGGUUGGGGCGAAAAUGACAGGGGAGUUUCCUUUACCUUCGGCGCAGACAAGGUCACCGAUUUCUUGAAGAAACACGACCUUGAUCUAAUAUGCCGCGCCCACCAGGUGGGUGUCACUCCCUCUUUCAUCCUUUCUUUCUUUUCCUAAUCAACACGCUCUCAUUUUUUUUAAUAAAAAAAAAAAGGAAAAAAAAUACACGCUUUCAUUCCUAUAAGUUUUCUUCCGUCAGGUAGUUGAGGAUGGUUAUG